AGGAGCUAGUGUAAACAUUGGCAUCUGACAGUGCAGCAGUGAGCUGCUGUGUCUACGUCCAAAGCGUUGUUUCAGAGAACAAUUAAUAUUUACUUAAAGUAGCCAACUGUAUCAGACUGUUUCGAAUGGAGACCAGACAACAGGAGCUGUACUCUAGUGUACUGAGCGACUCUAGUGUACUGAGCGAUGGUGCAGGGGAAUGGGAGAGAGGACAAGGACAUCUCAGGACAGGUCUGCUGGACCCAGAGCCUUUAACAGAAGUAGAUGAAGAAAUGGUGUCAGAAGUGGACCUCCAAAACACUGUGACCGAUGAGGAGAGGGAGGAAAUAUUGAGUGAACUCACUAAGUUAGAGGAAGAAAUCUCCACCCUGAGGCAAGUGUUGGCCUCCAAAGAGAGUCUUCACUCAGAGCUCAAAGCCAAACUGGGUAUAACACCACUCAGUGAGCUCAAACAGAACUUCAACAGGAGCUGGUAUGACAUGCAGACUUCCACCGCGUACAAAAAGACGUCGGAGACGUUGAGCACGGCAGGGCAGAAGACGUCAGCAGCUUUCACCACAUUGGGAACAGCCAUCAGCAGGAAGUUUGGGGAUAUGAGAUCAAAUUCACUUGGGCAAUCAGAUGAUGGCUACUCUAUCCGCCACUCAAUGAGCAUGCCUGUUAUGAGGAACUCGCCCAGUUUCAAGUCCUUCGAGGAGAAGGUUGAAAGCACCGUUUCCAACAUAAAGCAGACCAAGGUAGGAAGCCAAGGAGGUGGAGGGAGUUUUGAGGAGGUGUUGUCUUCAGCCGCCCACGCCAGUGCCCAAGAAACCCCCAGCAACAACCUGUCUGAGAGCAGUGAUCAUGAGAGGACCUGCUAGACCAGAGCCUGAAACAGACCUCCCCAGACCAGGAUUAGCACUCUACUGCCCCUCACUGCCCAGAGGCCACAUUACAUUACCUGAUAAGGAGAGCAUGACAUAUAGUAGGGCUAUCUAUCCAAAGCCCCAUCAAGUACCAACAAAUGUGUAUUAUCUAACCGUUUCCAACUGUUUCCAAUCCGUAAAACACUCCUGUCCUUGAUAUUUUAUUACUAUGAAUACAGCUAUUACCUUUUGUAUUUAAAGAAAAAUAAAUGUUCUGUUUAUAUCAAUGUAUUUGAUAAACAAAAAGUAGUGAAUACUUUCUUCCCAAUACUAAAACAACAUUUUCAUGAUGACACCUACUUUCCAAGAGUGGACAGUCACAUAAUACUAUUGGGGGAGGAAAUUGUAUUUGAUACUAAUACUUGAAAUUGCAAGUGCUGGAUUUGUAGGCCUAUACCGCACUGUAAAUGGGGCCCAAAGUAAGGCCAUGUGCUGAAAAUCUACUGAAUACACUGUCAUCCCAAUGAAUCGCACUCAUAACUUAUGCUUAUAAGUCACAGCUGUCAGGCAGUGUAGAUGCUUUGACACUUUGGGAUGAAAUGUCUAUUUUUAAAUGUGGUUAUUUCUUCUGUUUAUUACUGCUAAUCUAAAAUCAUGGACCAAACAGCUGGUUUUCUAUUUACAGAAUUAACUUCGGUCAUAUGAUUUUCUCCUCGUGUUUAUUGUUUAAGUUGUUUUUUUCUUGGUUGCUGUGGUUUUUAACUUAGUUGUGACAAGACGUUCAUCGGACAUUUAGGUGAUAAUGUUUUCAGACAUUUUGUGACAAAGUUGUGUCAACAGCCGAGUUGCCCUCUCCUGAAUGUGACUGUUGUAAUACCCAAAGGUAAUAACAGUUGUUGUAGUCUGUUCAGUCCUGUAUAGCUCAGUUGGUAGAGCAUGGCACUUGCAACGGUUGUGGGUUCGAUUCUCUCGGGUGACUAGUAUGGGGAAAAUGUAUGCACUCACUACUGUAAGUCAGUGUCUGCUAAAUGACUUAAAUGUAAAUGUAGUCUUGCAACUUCUGCUUUUUUUUAACAAAACUGUUUCCCAGUAAGAUUAUAACACACUAUAAAUGUGUUUUCUGCAGUAGCAUUAUUAAACAAUUUGUUGCAAACCAA